AUGUCAUCCAGAAUCGCCCCGAUGUCCAGACUUGCCCGUGCAUUCAGCACAACCCCUGCUGUUUCCCGGCCCAGCCAGCUCCUCCACAAUACAUCUAAGACUUUGGCUGGUGCGUCAAGGAAAUCAAAACUUCCUGCUGACGAAGAAACCAACGCAACUGCAAACUACUCCACAACCAGCACCUCCUCCCCCCACCGUCCCUCAGCAGUCAACAAUACCCUCCCGCGCCGUAGCAAGCCCCUCCCCUUCAUGCAAACCUUUCACCACUCCGCUCCCAAACCCAAACCCGCGCCACCCAUUACCAUGGACCGCAUGGUCCUUCCCAACCUGUGGGCCGAGCCGGCCGAGGACUCGACGGACUUCAUCCGGGUGCCCCUUCUUCCGGACAACCGUGUUCCUCCCCCGCCCCAAUUCCGUCCCGUCGAGCCGGAACCUUCCCCUGUGCCGGCCAGUGAGAUCGUGGUGGUUGCCUCCGAUCCACAGACCGUGCUUCCGUCGGCUUUGACCGAGGCCGAGGGGAUGGGCAUCGGGAUUGAUGGCGUUGAGCUCAAGUUCGCGCAUUUGCUUGGCCGUGAAGAAGAACAAGCUCCUGAGCUGGGGCAGGGUAUGAUACGGGAUAUGUGGAAGGGGCUGAUGGAGGAUAUAUUUGGUGCGGAGGGGAAACAGGGGAAAAGCGGGCCUGCGCCGGCGGCUUGA